CCUGCGUCUCAAAUUAUCAAUCAUAAAGUUACUUCUCUCUCUCUCAGAAUUUGGUUCUUCAAAAAUGGCUGCCGCCUUGAUCUCACGCAGAUUCAGCUCCAAACUUGUAAGACCCUCUUAUUCUUGUUCAUCAUUCUCCUCCAGUUUCAUCACCCAAAACCUCCAAAACCCUAAACCCUUGACUCACUUGUCCAAUUCCACCUUCUCACAAAGCCCCUCAAACCCCAAUUCCAUUCUCAAAGAAUCCAAAGCACCUAAUUCGAAACCCUUCAAUGAAAAUCCCACCAAAGGCUUGGCCUUUGAUCCAUCUUUGUCUUCCUCCAUCCACCAAAGGGUUUUUGAUCCAAAACCCUACAAUUUCAAUCUUGGUUUAACCCAGUUGAACACUACUCCCAGAUUCAAAUGGCUUUCUGCUAGUAGACCCAGGUUUCUCUCAACCUCGGGUUCAUCAGAACCUGAAAAGCCCCAAAACCCAAGUGAGAAACCCCAAAACCCAAGUGAGUACCCAAGUCAAAACCCUAAUUUCAAGCACCAAGAAAUCGAAGGACCCACAGUGGAGCGAGACCUCUCUGAUCUGGGCAAUGAGACCAGAACAGUUGUUGAAGUAAUGGCCAAGAACAUGUACAGUCUGAGCAGGACUGUGGCUGUUGUGGGUUUGGUUCAACUGGCCCUUGGAGCUUACAUUUCAUACAUGACUCGAGAUUCACCAAUACCCGAAGUAUCCAUUCAGAGCUUCUUGGCAUUCGGGUUUCCGUUUUCGUUGGCAUUCAUGUUGAGGCAGUGUCUGAAGCCAAUCUACUUCUUUAAGAAGAUGGAGGAGCAAGGUAGGCUGCAGAUUUUGACUCUUGCUCUUCAGGUUGCUAAGAAUGUGAAUGUCUUCUUCGUUCGGGCUCGUGGCGUUUCUGUCUUGUGUAUUGUGGGUUUGUCUGCUGGAGUUCUGCUCCAAUUUGCUUACAAGUUGACUUGAUUUUUGCAUGACAUUGUUUUCGUGACUAUUGUGAACCUAUAAAUCCUAUGGAGAUUGACAUUGCA